AUGGAGAUUGAUGUUCGGAACCGAUCUCUUCAGAGCUCCAUGGACCACCGUGUUGAAGAAGCACGUCGGGAUGAGAAUCUACUUGCUACUGCUAUAGCCCAUGAGCAUAUAAUUGACCUUAAAGGGCAAGUUACAUACCUCACCAGAUCUGGACACAAGGAGACUCUUCCUUAUGAUCCAGAAAUUGAGCGCACAAUCAGGAGAUUAGGAAAGCAAGCAACUCGGCUUUGGGAGACAACUAAAGCUGAAUCUGCGCAGGAAGAGCAUCCCAUCACAGAUCCACCUUCUGAAUCAUCUGAAUUGCACCAUCAAGCCGCUGAGAUGGCUGAACACAUGGCACAACCUGCUGCCCAUGCUAGACAUGUGGGACAGAUGGCCAUAUCCAUGAGCAAGUUUGAAUCCCAAGGUGCACUAAAAGACACAAGAGUAGUGAUUCAGUUGGCUGACAGAUAUGUGGUGUAUCCAAAAGGAGUUAUAGAAGAUGUUAUAGUACAAAAUGAGAACCAGAAAGAGUCAGAACUGAAAGAAACAGUCUGCAACAUUCAACAGGUGAGUUGCAUCCAAAUGCAAGGAGAACAGGAAAUGAAAGGCACUCUUCAGCUUGGAUCGCAGGAAGCCGAGGCACCACUUCAGUCAGAAUCACAAGUCGGCUCUUUCAGCUCUCCAACGCAGACAGGCCUUGCACAGAAGGAAGAAGCUGAAACUAGUUCAGCCAGACAACCAAUGCAGACACCCACUUGUUUGCUUAAACAGGAGCCACUCUUGCAGCACCUAUCCGAAUCUGAAGAAAUUGAGAAUGGCUUUUAUGAACAGAUCUUUCAUGCCCAAACUGAUGAACCAUGCAUUCUAAUAUUUCUGAUUGAUCCCCUGUUUAAGCCGAUUUCUCCACCGCUGCCCACGGCGGAUAAUGUUGUAGCUGAGGGUAGAUGGGAGCUGAUUCAUGGACUGCGUUAUCUGAAUCCACUAAAUCCUUCUUUGUGGAAGAUCGGACAUCCAGUUCCUCACUCGCCUCACAAUCAAGCUUCUAGUAAUGCAAAAUCUAAUUCUGUAUCAAACCAUGAGAAUGCGAUGCCAGCAAGACAGAAGUCCAUGAGGCGGGGUGGGGGUGGCCGUGGCGGCAGUAGCUCUGGAGGUGGUCAUUCGCAAAGUAGCUUCACUCAUCCUCCCCUGCCACCACAAUUUCCUAUAUUUGCAAUAUCUCCCGAUGGCCAUGGUAAUCUUGUACCAGUAAUGCCAUAUCAAUCUCCUGGAGAGCCUCCAUACAGGGGCAACAAUUGGGAAGCUAGACCAGUCGGGGGUUUUGGACCUCAACCACCUGUGGUAAAUUAUCACAGACAUUCCCUCCGAAGAGGCAACUAUGGACCACUGGGAGAUGGUCCAUACCGGAACAAUUCUGGGGGCAGGAGGGAUCAAGACCGUGGGCAUUAUGGGAAUAUCGGAGAUGCUCAUGUGCAUCCACAGAGAUCUCCAAGGGGCUUUGUUAGGCCUCCAACACCUAAUGCUGCCUCAUUUGUUCCACCCCAACCCGUGAGACCUUUUGCAAACCCCAUGGGUUUCUCCGAUUUUGUAUAUACUCCUAUGCUGCCACUGGAGACCUUUAGGAUGCCUUUCAUCACACAUGCACGGGCACCUGCAAUGAUUGUGCCCGUUCAUGAGCCUCCCUUGCCUGCUAUGUUAGUCCAUCAGAUAGAAUAUUAUUUCAGUGAUGCUAAUUUAAUUAGGGAUGAAUUUCUAAAGUCAAACAUGGACAAUCAGGGCUGGGUUCCAAUUACUUUAAUAGCAGGCUUUAAUCGAGUUAAGAGCAUGACUAAGGACAUCCAGUUAAUUUUGGAUUCCUUGAGGACUUCAACUCUUCUAGAAGUACAGGCUUACACACAAGAGUUGGAACUGGAAGUAGCAAAUUUAGCUGAAGAGAAUGCUAGGCUUAGAAGGCAGCAAGAAAAGCCAAUUUUGUGUAUUGCAGUUUCUGGCAGCUCCUGCUCAGCUUCCAAAAAAGCACAGUCUCUACAGAACCUCAACAGCUCCAUUUUAAGAAAUACAUCUCUAUCAAGAGGGUCCAAAGGAGGAGAGGAAAAAGAAGGUUUAAGAAAGAAAAGUAGAGAAUCCCAGGGCAAAACUUUGGGCAUUUUGUUCUUUAUAUUUUUCCUUAAAAUAUAUUCCAAUUGACUCUGUACUAUGAUGUCUCUCUUUUCUCUCCUCCAAUGGCAAUGAAGAAGCUAACUGCGUUGGUGGAAAUGGACAGUGAUGUAUAAAUACCAUAUAAAUUCUCUGCUGGUGAAACAGUAAUGGUCUCUUAUUGUUAGUAAUAUUAAUGGUCUUUCUGUUCUUUUA